AUGGAUGAUUUACAGAAAUAUCAUACAGAAUCCAAGAUGAUUGAUAGUUCAAUUAGUCAUCAUCUAGAUGAGAUCAAAAAGACGAAAGUAGGUCUUCGAGAACACGCAAAUAAAGCUAUAGACUUAAAAUGUGCAAUCUCACUCAGAUCAGCUUACUUACUUAAAAUAUCUCCAUCAACAGUUCUUAAGGACUCUAAACUCCCUUUCAUCAACUCAAUGAAGCUAAAUCCCGCAAAAAGUAUCAAUGACAUCCGAAUUCUUAGUCCUCUUCGCAAUGAUACUAUACAAUUCUUAAACACACUGAUCAAGGGUAUUGAUGAUCUACCUGAAAUGCUUGCAUCUCUCGAUCCUUCUCAUUUAAUUGAAUGUCGUAGCUUUAUUCCAGAGUAUUUCGAGCCUUUUUCGCUAUUUGCAAGCUCUACACUUCCAGCUUUAUUCGGAUUUUGUUGGACAGAAGAGUUUACAAGAGCAUAUAUCAACUUUUUGUCAAAGAUUGCGAAAAACCUCCCAUCUUCUAUUUACGAUAACUUUAGAUCACACUGGCUCUACGACUGCUACAAAAACUUUAUUUACAGAUCGAAGAUUUCGAAAUUCCUCGAACCUUCGUUAAGUGGACCAUUAAUGGAGCUUGCAAAGGAUGAGACGAUUCUCGCACCACUCAAGAGCAACAACCAAUCUCUUCUUCUUAACAAUUUGAUAAAAUAUGCCGAUAAAAUGAUUCAAAACAUGAAUGACAACAUCCAGCUCUUUCCACCUGAAGUUAGUUUACUUAUGAGAUCGUUUGGCGAUACGGCAGAUGACGAAGAGACGAGAAUUCAAAGAUAUGAAAGUUUAUUUAUUGAUUGCGCUCUUGUUCCUGCUAUUUCAUUCCCGAAGACAUAUUCUCUUUUCCCUCCUACAUACAACUAUCUCCUCGAUGCUUCUGGUUCUUCUCGCGCUGUUCAACUUUUGGCUCAAAUUUUCAGGUUAAUUCUUCAUCCAUCGCAAGCCAAGCUUCGCUACGAACUAGACUAUCAAAAACUCGCCAAUCUACCAUUCGCAAACUUACUUCGCGCGAUUGCAAAUCCAUCUGAAGAUCAUUCUAACAUAAAAUGCAACGAACUACUACCACUGCUCGAGGAAAAGACAAUGUCAUUGUUAUUCUCGGUUCCCGACGUUUAUACUCUUGCAUUAGCUGUAAGAAUGAGCAAAACUACCCCAGAAUCGCUCAAACUCGCCAAGCAACUUGCUCCUAAGUAUAUAUUAGACAACAUGAAGUUACCUCUUGAGUAUUUCCGCUUUGAAACCAUUCAUACGAAUUCAUAUUUCGAACAAUCGACAGAAAGUACUGCGAUCAAGCUCCAAACAGCACCAAUAACACCUGUAACACAAGAUGCCACAGCUCUUUUCGAGUUCCUUCGUUUUGCGGAAAUAGAUUCAUUAGCUCCUAAAGAUGCAGCAAGUUUCCUUGAGCAUCAUCAACGGAAAGCUCAUCUUGAAGGAGAUUUCAUGAAGAAUACCUAUUUAAACAACAUUUUGAGGAAACUAGCCGAAGUUUCCGAUUCAAGACAGAUUUUGCCAGCGUUAGAAGACGAACUGAAUCGUCAUCGAUUAUUUAUUGCGAAAUGCCGAGACCAAAUUACUCAAAUCAUUGUUAUGAUUAACAAAAUAUCUAAUAAAAUCAAAGAACUUGGUAAACAAGGCAAACAGCUUCUUCCUAUCAUGCAUUCCAAUCUGCUUGAAUCAUUCCUCACUAGUUGUCCCGAAGUUAUCAGCGAAUUCCGCGAAAAGAAAUCAUUUAUGUUAGAUGACAAAGAAAUCUUCAGGAAUUACCUUUUUUGCGUUGAAGAUAAGAUUGUUAAGUUCCUUGGCAGCUCAUCCGAUUCAUUUUCCGAAGGCGUUGCCGCCCAUUUCCACACAUGGAUGAUGCAGCACUUGACAUUGUCCGAAUUCAAGAAGAUCCAUCCAGAAUUCGAGAAACACGACAAAAUCAUUGCGAAUGUCAACAUCACAGGCUCAAACAUCAUUGAAUCUGUUUGUUUUUCGCAAUCGCCAGCCAAAAUCAAGGAAAUCAUGAACGAAAAGAACUAUUUCGUUUACGUACACCAAGAACUAUUCGCAGCUGCUGCAAUCGAACUUCCUGUCGAAGCAGGAACUCAUAUCGCUAUGGCGAUCGAACUCAUCACUACUAUUUUCUCUCUAUCUAUAGGUGGAAUGCCACAAGCUGAUGAUAUGACUCCUAUUUUGAAUUUCGUUUUAUUCACGAGCGGAAUUCCGAAUUUGCACUCUUUCGCAAGCUAUUUACAGCAUUUCUACCACGACAUAAAUCGAAAGGAGUUCAAGAUUGUUCCUGAUCAAGUUGCAAUCGCAAUCACCCACAUAAUCAACCACGCAACUUCACUCUCUGAAAUCAUUGGAAGUAUUUAA